AUGAUGAAUUCUGAAGUAAAACAAGGCGUUGGCAUGGUGGAGACAUCUCUCACUUCCGAACCACCGUUUUGUGAUAGUUUCGAGCGGAUUUCAAUUGACACUUUUCCGAUUUGGGCACUCGGAAGGAUUAUUAAUAAGGAAGAUGGUCUGGAAGCAAUGAAGAAGUAUAUGACAUCGAGGUUGUGGUUUACUUAUCGCAGAGAUUUUUCUCCAAUCGGUGGUACCGGUCCGAGUACUGACCAAGGUUGGGGAUGUAUGUUGAGAUGCGCACAAAUGCUGUUAGGAGAGGUACUCCUUCGUCGUCACAUUGGAAGACAUUUCGAAUGGGAUAUUGAGGAGACGUCAGAGGUUUAUGAAAAAAUUCUGCAAAUGUUCUUUGAUGAGAAAGACGCGUUGUAUUCGAUUCAUCAAAUUGCGCAAAUGGGGGUAACCGAGGGGAAAAAAGUGUCGGAGUGGUUUGGACCCAACACUGCAGCUCAAGUCAUCAAGAAAUUGACAAUCUUUGAUGAUUGGUCUAAUAUUGCUGUUCACGUGGCAUUGGAUAAUAUACUGGUGAAGGAAGAUGCGUUGACAAUGGCUACAACUUAUCCAAGUGAUGAUGCAGUCAAGUUAAUCAUGGAAAACGGUCAAAUCGAGAAACCCCGUCCUUCGUCUGGUUGCACCACUGACUGGAGACCACUUCUCGUCAUGAUCCCACUCCGACUGGGUCUUACCAGCAUCAAUCCGUGUUACCUCCCAGCCAUCCAGAAGUUUUUCGAGCUACCACAAUGUGUUGGAAUCAUCGGAGGCAAGCCAAAUCUCGCACACUAUUUCGUUGGGAUUGCCGGAACUAAGCUUUUCUAUCUGGAUCCACACCACUGUCGUGCGAAGACUGCAAAACGGGACGCUGGAGUCACGACCAAUACCAUGAUAUCAUCCAUAACUACUACAGAUGCUCAGUUAGAUAUUCAGAAUCAGAUUGACGACUCUGACUUCCACAAGCUUGAGGAUUUGGAGCCGUUACCAUCACAAACGUCGGAUGUCUAUACCAAGAUGGACGAUUCCACGUAUCACUGUCAAAUGAUGCAAUGGAUGGAAUAUGAGAGCAUUGAUCCAUCGCUAGCUUUGGCAUUGUUCUGUGAAACCCGCCAAGACUUUGAUACUCUGUGUGAGGAACUUCAGAAGACAACCCUCCCAUCCUCAGUACCCCCUAUGUUUGAGUUCCUGGAGAAGCGUCCGAGAUACUUGCCACGAUUUGAGCCAUAUACCGGGGUGAGCAUGAAAAUAGAGAUGAAGGAGUUCGAUGACAUUGGAGCAGCGAAUGUGAAAAUCGACGACGACUUUGAAGUUUUGGAUGUGUCCGUGGAUGAGAAUUCGAGUAACACUACAACAGAAAAACUGAAAAAAGUUCCUAAAUUCUAUAAAUUAUUGAACUGGGAGAAGAAAGAAUCUGAGAAGAAGUUGAAUAACAUCGAAGAUUUGAGACGAGUAAAUUUGAAUACGCUUCCAAACCGAACAUCCAACCUUUCCGCUGUCCAUUUAUGUUCUCAAAAUCCGUCGCCAUGUCUUCCAGGGCUGAGGGACUUCGAGGGGGAGAUUCGGACAGCCCCUCGAUACCAUCUAUCCACAUGUGUAGUCCAAAAAAGUAUGAGUACUGUAAUGACGUCACUAUUCUGUUAUUUGAGAGAUGAGAAGAAAUUCAUCGGGAAUAAUCGAGAGAUUUUGAAGGACUGGAAAAUAAUUCGAUUUUGUAUGUUCAAAAAUGAAUUCAGGAAUUUGGGUGGGCUUUUCAAGAAAAUUAACAUUUUACCUUCCGCAAACAACUGGACACAUAUCAUGAUGGUUAGAAACCCGAUUGAGCGUUUUAUCUCGGGAUUUGUCGACAAAUGUUAUAGAAAACCAGUGGUGUCCAAUUACUGUAACGGAUGUAAAAAGAAUUUGACGUGUUUUAUGGAGACUGAGUUGGCGAGAAUGAAAGAACAAGUGAAAAGGGGAAAGUUUUUGAAGACUUAUGAAGAUCGACACUUUUUUCCGCAGAGUUGGUGA